GCAACACAUCUAUGCCAUGAAGCGGUUCUGGACCCGCCGCGACACCGACAUGGAUCCCCAUCGGGACCGGCCCGAGCAGAGCCCGGAUCCGAGACGGUCGGCCGAGGGCAACCCGCCGGACGAGCACACACGGCUUCUGCCGAACCGCGUCGACGGCACCCCGUAUCUCUCGCCCGACGACCCCGCCGUCUCCCCGUACAACCUCUGGACCGUCCGCCUCGUGCGCUGGGUGACUGUCGCGCUCACCUGCAUCGCCUUCGCAUGGUGGGUGUUGAUGGUCGUAGAUGUGUUCAUCACGCCGCCGGGGCUGCAUGUCCGCGGCUCUCCCUUCUUCGCGUUCUGCUACGCCUCGAUCGCACUUGUUACGCUGAUCAUCUCGCUGCUGUUUUUCGCCGUUCCCAGCAAGCUAGGGAGAGUCCUCAGCAUCGUCAACGCCGGGGUGCUCCUUGCUGACGCCAUUAUAAUCCUCGCGGUCCCGGGCCUGCGCCACGCCGAGAUUUGGGCCGGAAUAGUGAGCGUCGUUUGGGCCGCGGUGAUGGCCAUCUGGUUCGUCGCGGUUGACCGCACGGUGCAAUGGGGUAAAGCAGAGGAGGAGCAGCGCUUGACCGGGCGGCCGGAGAGCAGGCGCACUGUGCUAGAGUGGAUCGAGGUCAUGUUGUCGACUAUCGUGUUGGUCGUCAUCACGCUGGUCGUGUUGUUGAUGACAUGCACCCUGAUCCUGCGGGCCGUCGACUCGACCCUGGUUCCGCCGGGAGAGCGGUACUGGGUGGACGGGGACCGAUACCAAAUCCACCUGUACUGCCACGGCAACCAGACCGGCGCCGGCGGAAAUAAGACGACUACGGUGUUGCUUGAAGGGGGCGAGGAUCCGGUAGAGCGCGGUUUGUGGCAGUUCGCCGAAAACGCCGUCAAGAACGGGUCGAUCGGCAGGUUCUGCUUUGCUGACCGUCCUGGCUUGGCCUGGAGCGACACGGCGCCGUCGCCUUUCUCGGCCAGCAUCGCCUCGGAUGCUUUGAGCGAAGCACUCGCCCGAGCUGGGGAGCAGGGCCCUUGGGUACUGGCCAGCGCAGGCAUCGGUUCCUUAUAUUCGCGCGUCUUCAGCUCUCGCCAUGCGGACGAGGUACAAGGGAUCCUCAUGAUGGACCCGCUGCACGAAGACCUGCUCUCGCGAGUCGGAGCCCCUGGGCGCGGGUUUUUGCUCUGGAUCCGGGGCGUCAUCUCGCCUUGCGGAGUCGACCGCAUCCUAGGGGCCAUACUCAGGGGUAGGCGGGCCGCAGACCGAGUCUGGGGCCGUUCCUCGUAUCAGUCGGGAACGACCAUUUUUGCCAAGCUCCAGGAGAGUUUAGUGGCAGACUCGCUCACCAAGCGGGAUGUGAUAUCCAGCCGGGCCAUCCAGGUCGGGAGCACUCCACUGGUGGUCAUCAGCUCGGGCCAGAAAAUUCACAAGGAUAGCGAGUGGGAAGACAAGCAACGAGAUUUGAGCCAUCUCACCGAGAACCUGCAAGCCUGGGACAUCGUAGACGAUGCACCCCACCGUAUUUGGGAUACUUUGAGCGGGAGGCAGGCAGUGGAAAAGAGAUUGAAGCAGCUGGUUAAUAAUCCUUCGGUGCUGCAGGACCUGUGA